AGUCCACAUGGCAAGAUGUCUUUGGAGAAGAUGAAAGAUCUCCACCUGCAGGAAAAAUGCCUACAGCCAGAAACAAAAGAACUGAAUGGAAUACUCAUGGCCAAGAUGAUAAGUGAUCAGUGGGACAAAAUCUGGGAUUUCCAAGCAAAACCUGAUGACCUCCUCAUUGCAACCUAUGCAAAGGCAGGCACAACCUGGACACAGGAGAUCGUGGACAUGAUCCAGAAUGAUGGGGACGUGCAGAAGUGCCAGCGUGCCAACACCUUUGACCGGCAUCCUUUCCUUGAAUGGACUCUGCCCCCACCCCUCAACUCAGGUCUGGAUCUGGCUAACAAAAUGCCUUCUCCUAGAACUCUGAAGACCCAUUUGCCUGUUCAGAUGCUACCACCAUCCUUCUGGAAAGAAAAUUCAAAGAUUAUUUACGUGGCUAGAAAUGCCAAGGACUGUCUUGUGUCUUACUACCAUUUCUCAAGAAUGAAUAAAAUGCUGCCUGAUCCCGGUACAUGGGAAGAAUAUGUUGAGACAUUCAAAGCUGGAAAAGUGCUGUGGGGCUCCUGGUAUGACCAUGUUAAGGGAUGGUGGGAUGUGAAAGACCAGCACCGCAUUCUCUACCUCUUCUAUGAGGACAUGAAGGAGGAUCCAAAGCGGGAAAUUCAGAAGAUAUUGCAGUUCCUGGAGAAAGACAUACCUGAAGACGUUCUGAAUAAAAUUGUCUAUCACACCUCCUUUGAUGUAAUGAAGCAAAACCCAAUGGCCAACUACACCACGUUGCCCACCUGCCUUAUGGAUCAUUCCAUCUCCCCUUUUAUGAGAAAAGGGAUGCCUGGGGACUGGAAGAACUACUUUACUGUGGCCCAGAAUGAAGAAUUUGACAAGGACUACCAGAAGAAGAUGGCAGGAAGCACCCUGACCUUCCGCACAGAGAUCUGAGAGCAUCUAGGAGUCUGUCCUCCACUUUCUUACCACACUUUAGCCACUGGAGCCUUACGAUUAGGGAUACUUAGAAUAAAGACAAGCUUCCCCCAAUCCUGAGCUGUUCCACAUUACCUGUAGAGCCAGUAUUGCCAUGUUAAGACUUAAUCAACAUGCGAUCGAGUCCCAGGUGUAAGUUUUAAAUUAUGCUGCCUGAUCAUUCUCAUAGACACUUACCACAUGAUAAUGUGGCCAAAUAAAUGCAACUUAACUCCA